AGGGUCUCUAUGGUUUCCAGAAAUCGGAUUACGGCAUCUUGGACACACGUGGGAGAUAAGUCAUCAAUAUGGCCAAGACGAGGAAAAUUUGCAAAACCAAAAGUGGAGCUGCUGUAAAUCUGUUAAGCAGUGAGAGCGUGGAGUCCAAUCGCAAGGCUGUAGAGGAGACUAUGGAGGAGGAGGAGGAGGAACUGUUUCACACAGAGUAUGCCAUCAGCGCAAGUGAGGACGAGGCCCAGAGCGAUGAUGAGAGGAAGCAUUGCAAACUGCUGGAGGCCAUCAGCUCCCUGGAUGGGAAGAAAAGGAGGAAGCUGGCUGAGAGGUCAGAGGCCAGCACGCAGGUGUCAGAGUUCACCGUCAGUGCUGAAGGUGCUGGGGAGAAGAUUGAUCUGAAAGACUUGCUUGGGACGAUCGGCCCCGCUGCCUCGUCAAUGUCCUCCAUCAAGAAGCAGCUGAAUAAACUGCAGUACAAAAAUAAGACCCUGGAGCUGCCCCUGAGCAGGCAGGAGACAGAGAAGAUCCAAAGGGUGGUGGCCUAUGAGAAGACUUCGAAGAAGGUGACUCGCUGGGACCAUGUGGUGCGCCAGAACCGUAAGGCGGAGCAGCUGGUGUUCCCCUUGAACCAGGAGCCAGGGGGGAUCAAACCUGUGGAGCAGGUUGUGGCCAGCUGGAAGGUCAGGACCCCCCUGGAGCUGGAGAUCUUCAACCUCCUGCACAAGAACAAGCAGCCCGUCACCGACCCCAUCCUGACCCCUGUAGAGGAGGCCUCGCUCCGAGCCAUGAGCCUUGAGGAGGCGAAGAUGCGGCGUGCAGAGCUGCAGAAGGCCCGUGCGCUCCAGUCCUACUAUGAGGCGAGAGCCAAGAGAGAGAGAAGAAUAAAGAGCAAGAAAUACCACAGGGUCCUGAAGAAGGCGAAGCGGAAGGAGGUGCUGAAGGAGUUUGAGGAACUGCGGAAGACAAACCCAGACGCUGCUCUCGAGGAGCUCAAGAAGAUGGAUCUGUCCAGGGUAGAGGAGCGCAUGUCCCUGAAGCAUCAGAACAGCGGCAAGUGGGCCAAGUCCAAAGCCAUCAUGGCCAAAUACGAUGACGAGGCCCGCAAAGCCAUGCAGCAGCAGCUGGAGGUGAACAAGGAGUUGACUCAGAAGCUGGUGGUGCCCUCAGAGAGCGAGGACGAAGAGCCGGAGGAAGAGGAGGAGGAGGUCUUGCCCGGCUUUGUUAACGAGGCCCAGCCCGGGACUGACUACGCCAACCCCUGGAUGCAGGGGAAGCUGAGCUCUGACCCAGCUGAGCUCCCCGGGGAGGCUGGUGGGGAGGCAGAAGCCCCAGCGCUAGGGGGUGCUGUGGAGGAGAGCGAGGGAGAGGAAGAGGAGGAGGAGGAGGAAGACGAGGCUCUGCUCAGGGAGUUCGAGGAGAGGCGGCGCCUCCGGAAAGAGCAGGAGGAGGACAUUGUCCCUGCAGAGGUGGACAAGGAAGACGCUGGAGAAGAGAAGUGUGAGGAGGUCAAGGAAGAGGACGUGUCCGAGUUUAACAGCCUCUUCCAGAGACUGGUGGGAAACAAGCCCAAGACCCAAGCAGCAAAGAGGGCAGCCAGGCCGCCUGCGCCUCAGGGGGAAGGAGAGAGCCAGGAGCAGGGGAAGGAGGACAGCGAGGAAAGGGAAGAGCCCCCCCUGCUGGAUGAGACGCUCACGCGGGUUCAAACCAUGGAGGAUCUGGAGCACCUGGAGCGAGAGGAAACGUUAGAAGCUGAGGUGCCUGAACCAGAGAGCACCGUGACAGGGCCGGGCACAGAGACAGAGGAGGAGAAACCGGCCAGCAAGGCAGGGAAGAGGAAGAGGAAGAAGGUGAUCGACCCUGAGGAGGUGCUGACCAGACAGGCCAAAGUGAUCAAGGUGCCCUCAGCCCCCACCGCCAUUGAGGAUGAGGAGGGUGAUGAAGAGCAGAAGAUGAUCAUCAAGGAAGCCUUUGCCUCCGAUGACGUGAUCGCUGACUUCCUGAAGGACAAGCAGAAGCAGACAGAGAUGUCCAAACCCAAAGAUGUGGACCUGACCCUGCCGGGCUGGGGGGAGUGGGGCGGCGUGGGGCUCAAACCCUCCAAGAGGAAGCGAAGGAGGUUCUGUAUAAAAGCAGCCCCUGGCCCUCCCAGACGGGAUCGCAACCUGCCUAAUGUGAUCAUCAGUGAGAAGAGGGACGCGUCCAUCGCAGCUCACCAGGUGAAUGACCUGCCCUUCCCCUUCAGUAACCCGACUCAGUUCGAGCGCAAUAUCCGGGCGCCCAUCGGCCACAACUGGAACACCCAGCGUACUGUGCAGAAGCUGACCGCGCCCAGGGUCAUCACCAAGAUGGGCACCAUCAUCGACCCCAUCGACGAGGAGGACCUUGCCAUAGACAAGAAACCACCAGUCAAACUGCGGAUUGCGGACAUCCUGCUGACACAGGAGAAGAAGGGGAAGAAAAACACAGAGCGCAAAGACAGGAGACCCGAGAGCAAGAGGAGACCCCAGAACAAGAGGAGACCCCAGAAACACAUAGACAAGAACCAGCAGCAGAAAUCCAAGAAGGCUGCCUGAUCACGGCACGGACAGUGAAAGGACUGAAGAAGGUCCCGCAUGGCAGAGGCAUGGUUCAUUGAGAAUGAGAAGAGAGAGAUGCUUGGAUCUGAACUGUGAUCUGCAGCCCUGUCUCUCUUUUUUGUGUGUAGUCGAUGGGUGUUUAAAUGCAGUCUGGAUGCCUUUACUGGUCGACAGUGAACUUUCAGCCCUUGUUAUGUUGUGACGGUUAACACGCAUAUUAUUUUGGUAGUUCUUGCCCAUGAAAUCUCUAGUUGUUGUUGUAAUAACCCCAUGGUUCUCAGUGUGAGAUCUUCUCUCCCACUCAAAUACCAAUGUGCCCCUCAGUCCUGUCCUGGCAGGACUGACCGGGAGUUAAGCCACCACGCCAAUCCAGUCCCUUCACAUCUUAAUGGUGGAGGAAGCAUUUUCAUUACAUGUCAGGGUAACUGGAUUGCAUGAAGCAGUAGACUGAUUUACCAGUUGCCAUAGCAACCCCUUUGCCUGGUAACCAGGAUGUGGGUAGAGCAACCUUGAUAUCAGAUGAGGCCUCAACACCUUGCUCGCAUAUAUUGUUAUAAUAUUGAAUACAAAUAUUGGCAUGUUUUUGUAAUGUGAUAGAAACAACAACAAAAAAAACAGCUGAAAUAAAUGAAUAUGGAAUGCCA